GGACCCUCCUCCUUCCUCUUGUGUCCCCUCCUCGGAAGUAGAUGUGUUGGGCUACGGUCCUUUUUUUAUAUUUUUAAUAUAAAUUCGGAAAAAUCGCUUCCUCUUCUCCAGAAGAUAAACCCAACCUUAUACAGAAACAAUCAUGGACGAGUGAUUAAAGUUCUCAUUACACAGUAUCUUUUUAAUUUUGCUUCAGUUUAAUGGACCGAAUGAUUGCCAAGUCCGACUGUGACUCUCACAGCUUUGCAGGGGAGGUAGCUGUACUCAGUGGGGAGGCAGGCGUGUCCGAGGGUCGUGAUGAAGUUCUCGGAGCCCUUGGAGAGCCAGAGGCUGUCUUUUCUCUUGGAGAAGGCAGCCUCUAGGGAAGCCCAGAUGUGGAAGGUCUACGUGCCAAAAAUUCCAACCAAUCAGGACACUCAUAUCUCCCCAGCCCAGCGGGAUGAGGCUGUCAGCUGGCUGAUCGAUCUGCAUUUGAACAUCCAGCUAUAUCCGGAGACCAUUUCCUUGGCCGUUGGUGUUUUAGACCGGUUUUUGGCCAUUGUCAAAGCCCGCCCAAAGUACCUCCGCUGUAUUGCAAUCACCUGCUUCUUCUUGGCUGCCAAGACGAUUGAGGAAGAUGAGCGCAUCCCAUCCCUGCGUGAUCUGGCCAAGACCAGUAGCUGUGGUUGCUCUCCAUCGGAAAUUCUGAGGAUGGAGAGGAUCAUUCUGGAUAAACUGAACUGGGAUCUGCACAUGGCAACACCCCUGGAUUUCCUUCACAUUUUCCACGCCAUGGUUCUGACGUGCAGGUCCCGGUUUCUGACAUGUCUGCUGGGCACGAACCGGUCCGAGCACAUGGCUCUGCUCACCCACCAGCUGUACCACUGCCUGGCAGACCACACGCUGCUGCAGGUGAAGGGCUCAAUGCUGGCCCUUGCCAUCAUCACCUUGGAACUGGAGAAAUGGUGUCCUGACUGGCUGGCUCUCACGAUCGACCUGCUCAAAAAGGCACAGAUCGAUAGCUCCCAGCUGAUCCGCUGUCGAGAGCUAGUGGCACGUGUCCUGUCCCCGCAACUGGCCUCCCUGCCUCCCAACACCGUGUACAUCUACCAGCCCCUGCGCCACAGUUGGCAAGCGCUCGUCUCUCGGCAGCCCCCCGGCGACCACGCUGCGGCGUUCGCGAGGGACGGCUCGCGUCCCUUGGGUCCCCUCGCUCCGCCUGCCUUCCCAGACCACCUGCACCCCCAGCCCUUCCGCCUGCGGGGCAAACACUCUACCAAGCGCAAGGUGGAGGAGAUGGAGGUGGAUGAGUUCUACGACGGAAUAAAGCGCCUGUACAAUGAAGACCCCAACACCCAGGAGGGGACGGCGGGGGAGGGGCAGAGCCUCGCCUGCAGCUCCUCGCUGGUUCGGCAGGAGGGCAGCAUCUCACCCUGUCCCCCCCUGCAACCCGUCAGCGUGACCUGAGAAAGAGAAAGAGAAAAGCCUUCUCUCAUCUGGGCAGCAGAGCAGGGAACCGGGCAGCAUUCUUGGGCAUUAUCUUUUCCAGGCUGGAUUGAGCCGAAAACACACACAAAAAAAAAAAAAGCUACUUACUAAUAAUCAUUCGUUGAGCACAAAUGGAAAAAAUAAGAAAAAAAGACAAAAAGUAAUCAAAGAAAAAUGUCCUUAAAAAAAAGUUUUUUUUUCCUUUUUAAAAUUAGUGUUGUAAUGUUUAUCUCGCUAGUUUUCAGAAUCCCUCAAGUUUUGUUUUUAAUGCUGCUUUCCUCCCCCCCUCCUUUCUGUCCUGCUUCAGCCUUUCUCACCCAAUAUUGUGUUGUCUAGUUUGAGGCUAACCACAGAACAGUCUUGACUGAGUGUAGCAAGUUGUGUUGUUCCUGUGUAGGAGAAUAUGCUGAACUGUCCCAGCACAAAGUUUUUGAAGAAGUUCGGUUUUUAAUUUCACGGUUUUUUUUUUUUUUUUUU